ACCUUCCCCGCGGCGCGCGGCCUCGCAGCAUGGGCGCGUGAGGCGGCGGGCGAGCCGGCGGCGAAGGACGCGUGGCCCCGCGGGCGGAGCUGGAGCGGGUCGGCCGUGCGGCCCCGGCGCCAUGGACAAGCUGCCGCCGUCCAUGCGCAAGCGGCUGUACAGCCUCCCGCAGCAGGUGGGGGCCAAGGCGUGGAUCAUGGACGAGGAGGAGGACGCCGAAGAAGAGGGCGCCGGGGGCCGCCAGGACCCCCGCCGCAGGAGCAUCCGGCUGCGGCCGCUGCCCUCGCCCUCGCCCUCCGCGGCGGCGGCGGCGGCGGGCGGCGCGGAGUCCCGGGGCGCGGCCCUCGGAGGGGCGGCGGACGGCGAGGGGCCGGCCCGGGGCGCGGCCAAGUCCAGCACGAACGGCGACUGCAGGCGCUUCCGCGGGAGCCUGGCCUCGCUGGGCAGCCGUGGCGGCGGCGGCGGCGGCGGCGGCGGCAGCACGGGCGGCGGCAGCCACGGGCACCUGCAUGACUCCGCCGAAGAGCGGCGGCUCAUCGCCGAGGGCGACGCGUCCCCCGGCGAGGACAGGACGCCCCCGGGCCUGGCGGCCGAGCCGGAGCGCCCGGGAGCCCCGGCGCCGCCCGCAGCCUCGCCGCCGCAGGUGCCCUCGUCCUGCGGCGAGCAGCGCCCGGCCGACGCGGCUGUCAAAGUGGAGGGAGGCGCGGCCGCGGGCGACCAGAUCCUGCCGGAGGCCGAGGCGCGCCUGGGCCAGGCGGGCUUCCAGACCCACACUCCCUGCUGCAGGUUCUACUGGGACCUGACCAUGCUGCUGCUGAUGGUGGGGAACCUGAUCAUCAUCCCCGUGGGCAUCACCUUCUUCAAGGACGAGAACACCACGCCCUGGAUCGUGUUCAACGUGGUGUCCGACACCUUCUUCCUCAUCGACCUUGUCCUCAACUUCCGCACGGGCAUUGUGGUGGAGGACAACACGGACAUCAUCCUGGACCCGCGGCGCAUCAAGAUGAAGUACCUGAAGAGCUGGUUCGUGGUGGACUUCGUGUCCUCCAUCCCCGUGGACUACAUCUUCCUCAUCGUGGAGACGCGCAUCGACUCCGAGGUCUACAAGACGGCCCGCGCCCUGCGCAUCGUGCGCUUCACCAAGAUCCUCAGCCUCCUGCGCCUGCUGCGGCUCUCACGGCUCAUCCGCUACAUCCACCAGUGGGAGGAGAUCUUCCACAUGACCUACGACCUGGCGAGCGCCGUGGUGCGCAUCGUGAACCUCAUCGGCAUGAUGCUGCUGCUGUGCCACUGGGACGGCUGCCUGCAGUUCCUGGUGCCCAUGCUGCAGGACUUCCCUGACGACUGCUGGGUGUCCCUCAACAACAUGGUGAACAACUCCUGGGGGAAGCAGUACUCCUACGCGCUCUUCAAGGCCAUGAGCCACAUGCUGUGCAUCGGCUACGGGCGGCAGGCGCCCAUGGGCAUGUCCGACGUGUGGCUCACCAUGCUCAGCAUGAUUGUGGGCGCCACCUGCUACGCCAUGUUCAUCGGCCACGCCACCGCGCUCAUCCAGUCCCUGGACUCCUCCCGGCGCCAGUACCAGGAGAAGUACAAGCAGGUGGAGCAGUACAUGUCCUUCCACAAGCUCCCGCCCGACACCCGCCAGCGCAUCCACGACUACUACGAGCACCGGUACCAGGGCAAGAUGUUUGACGAGGAGAGCAUCCUGGGCGAGCUGAGCGAGCCGCUGCGGGAGGAGAUCAUCAACUUCAACUGCCGCAAGCUGGUGGCCUCCAUGCCGCUGUUCGCCAACGCCGACCCCAACUUCGUGACGUCCAUGCUGACCAAGCUGCGCUUCGAGGUCUUCCAGCCCGGGGACUACAUCAUCCGCGAGGGCACCAUCGGCAAGAAGAUGUACUUCAUCCAGCACGGCGUGGUCAGCGUGCUCACCAAGGGCAACAAGGAGACCAAGCUGGCCGACGGCUCCUACUUCGGAGAGAUCUGCCUGCUGACCCGGGGCCGGCGCACGGCCAGCGUGCGGGCCGACACCUACUGCCGCCUCUACUCGCUGAGCGUGGACAACUUCAACGAGGUGCUGGAGGAGUACCCCAUGAUGCGGCGCGCCUUCGAGACGGUGGCGCUGGACCGGCUGGACCGCAUCGGCAAGAAGAACUCGAUCCUCCUGCACAAGGUGCAGCACGACCUGAGCUCGGGGGUCUCCAACUACCAGGAGAACGCCAUCGUGCAGCGCAUUGUGCAGCACGACCGGGAGAUGGCGCACUGCGCCCGCCGCGCCCAGGCCACCACGCCCGUCGCGCCGGCCAUCUGGACCCCGCUGAUCCAGGCGCCACUGCAGGCAGCUGCCGCCACCACGUCAGUGGCCAUCGCGCUCACCCACCACCCUCGCCUGCCCGCGGCCAUCUUCCGCCCGCCGCCCGGGCCCACCACGCUCGGCUCGCUGGGCGCCGGGCAGACGCCGAGGCACCUGCGGCGCCUGCAGUCGCUGGCGCCGUCGGCGCCCAGCCCGGCCUCUCCAGCCAGCAGCCCGUCGCAGCCGGACACGCCGUCCUCCGCCUCCCUGCACGUCCAGCCGCUGCCCGGCUGCUCCACGCCCGCUGGGCUCGGCUCCCUCCUGCCCACGGCCGGCUCGCCCCCGGCCCCCACACCCCCCACCACCGCUGGCGCCGCCGGCUUCAGCCACUUCCACCGGGCGCUGGGCGGCUCCCUGUCCUCGUCCGACUCGCCCCUGCUCACCCCGAUGCAGCCCGCUGCCCGCUCCCCGCAGCAGCCUCCCCCGCCGCCCGGGGCCCCGGCGGGCCUGGGCCUCCUGGAGCACUUUCUGCCGCCUCCGGCCCGCUCCCCGACGUCCAGCCCGGGGCAGCUGGGCCAGCCCCCCGGGGAGCUGUCCCCAGGCCUGGGCUCCGGGCCUCCGGGCACGCCAGAGACGCCCCCGCGGCAGCCUGAGCGACUGCCCUUCGCGGCGGGGGCCUCUGCGGGGGCUUCCCCGGUGGCCUUCAGCCCCCGAGGCGGCCCCAGCCCCCCCGGCCACAGCCCGGGCACCCCAAGAACUUUCCCCAGCGCGCCGCCCCGGGCCUCGGGCUCGCACGGGUCCCUGCUGCUGCCGCCGGCGUCCAGCCCGCCGCCGCCGCCGCCGCCGCCCGCCCCGCAGCGCCGCGCCACGCCGCCGCUGGCCCCCGGCCGCCUCUCGCAGGACCUCAAGCUCAUCUCGGCCUCGCAGCCGGCGCUGCCCCAGGACGGGGCGCAGACUCUCCGCAGAGCCUCCCCGCACUCGUCCUCGGGGGAGUCGGUGGCCGCCCUGCCGCCCUUCCCCAGGGCCCCCGGGAGGCCCCCAGGCGCCGGCCCCGGCCAGCACGUCACCCUCACUCUGCCUCGGAAGGCAUCCUCAGGGUCUCUGCCGCCCCCUCUUUCUUUGUUCGGGCCGCGAGCCGCCUCUGCCGGGGGACCCCGGCUGACUGCGGCACCCCAGAGGGAACCAGGGGCCAAGUCUGAGCCAGUGCGCUCCAAACUGCCGUCCAACCUGUGAGCCAGGCCUCCCUCGCUGUCCUGUCGUCUUGUUUCUCCCUGCCUUCAGGUUUGACUGUGAUUAGGAGAUACACCAACAAUAACCG